AUGGAGAUCCUCAAACAGCUCCACAUAAACAUACCCUUGAUAGAAGCAAUUGAGCAAAUGCCAAAUUAUGCCAAGUUCAUGAAAGACAUGCUCACUAAAAGAAAGAGAUUAGGAGAAUUUGACACUAUUGCACUCACUCAAGAACCCAGUCAACUAGUGCAAGGCAAACUUCCUCCUAAGUUGAAUGAUCCUGGAAGUUUUACUGUACCUUGCAACAUUGGAGAAAUAUUUUGUGGGAAAGCAUUGCGUGACCUGGGUGCAAGUAUCAUUCUGAUGCCUUUAUCCACAUUCAAGAAACUGGGGAUAGGUGCAGCCAGGCCUACAACCAUCACUUUGCCGCUAGCAGAUAUAAGCAUUUGUUACCCCCACAGAAAAAUAGAAGAUGUACUGGUCAGAGUUGAUAAGUUUAUGUUUCCAGCUGAUUUCAUAAUCAUGGAUUUUGAUGCUGACGAGGAUAUUCCCAUUCUUUUGGGAAGACCAUUCCUUGCUACGGAAAGUCGUUGA